AUUUGUCUUUAGCUUUGUUUUAUGUUCUUCGGAACUUUUGUAGCGUGCUAGCAGUGCUGCGACAGUCGAGAGUUUCUCCUAGACUUCAACUCAGGUGGAGAGGGAAAGACAGAGAGAAAGGGUCGACUCUAGAGCUCAUGCAAGUACAGUUUAUGUAGAAAUUGAAGUGGUUACUCGGUCAAAUUUGGUGUGUUCUUCUUUUCUACUACUUCUUUCCUAUGUUCUUCUGCAGAUUCAGUCAGACAGUAUGCUAUAUUCAUGAAGUUUUUUCAGUAGUCUUCACACACCCAAUUUUUCUUGAAGAGUAAACUCAAGUGGGUUCGUUGAUUUUAAUGAGCAUGUGGGGUGGUUGUGUUCAGAAAGGGGUGAUCUUUCCUCGGAUUAGGGUUGGGUGGUUUAUGAUUGAAGUCUGCUGGGCGGGGUUUAACAUGAAUUGUCUCUGUACAAGUCCAUAUUGAUGAAGAUGUUAAGUUACUCAUACACUAUGUCACGUGUGAUUGUAUGAGGUAUUUUCAGUAAUCUUCACACACCCAGGUUGUUUUGGAGAGUAUACUCAAUUGAGUUCGUUAUUUUCAUGCGCAUGUGGGGUGGUUGUGCUAAAAAAUGGUGAUCUUCUCCUAGGAUUAGGGUGGGGUGGUUUAUGGUUCGAGUCUGCUGAGCAGGGUUUUAACAUGAGGUGUCUCUGUACAAGUCUACAUUCAUGAAGUUGUUGAGUUACUCAAGCUCUAUGCCAUUUAUAUGAAGUUUAGUGUAAGGGUAUUGUUCAAGACAGUUGAGGAAGUCUUCAAUAGAGAAAAGAAGACAUGGCUUGCAAGGUGAAAGCAUGUGCCAAGUGCACUCGGAAUUGUGUAUCAGCCCAUGGGAUAAAAAAGCAUCCAUCUCCUGUUAUUACAUCCUUCUUCAAAGUCUUGAUCGGUGAUCAGUUUUCUAAAGUUCUGUUCUUGCCCCCCAAAUUUGCUUGCACAGUGACACCCUUGGUUGAUCAGAAAAUUGACCUUGAGGAUUCAAGUGGGAGGCGGUGGGUAGUAACAUUAUCCAAUAUUGGUGGAUCCUUUGCUUUUCAACAAGGAUGGCAUACUUUCUCAUUAGACCAUGGCCUAGAAGUAGGUGAUUUUUUGGUGUUCAGUUACAUAAUGGGAUCACACUUUUUUGUUCAAAUCUUUAAGAAAACUGGGUGCGAAACCUUAGAUUUUCCUGUGGAGAACAGAAAUCAUAAGAAAAGAAAUAGAACAAGCAGGGAUUCUGAUGGUUCAUGCCACACAACUGAUAAAGGUUCCAUUGACAAACACGGUUCAAGCACUUCUGUUGUUUCUGGAUCAGAUAUAGAAGAAAUAAAUCAAAGUCAGUGUAUAGAAGAUGCACCAAUGGCUGCAGAGAACACUUCAAAUUGUGAGAAUGGCAAUGUAAGGCACCAAAUGCCACCCAGUGCUGGCUACAUUGAAGAACCAUAUUACAUUAUUGACAGGGAUGUGGGAUACAAAGGAGCAAAUGGAAGUCUUUUAGUUGACUUGUUCAGCCUUGAAGUGCAGAAGAGCAUAACAGGUGCGGGCAUAAAUGAUGAAGCUCUAGCUGAAGAUAGAAGAGCUGAUCUGUUGCUUAAAUCUGAAACUGAAGUAGACAUAGUUAAUGAGAAUCCAGUGGCGGAAGAGUUAGUGACUAGAGUUGUGCCUUUGGACGCAUCUGACUCUGAAAUGGUACAAAAGAAGGAGAAAACUGAUGUGAGAGACAAUAUGUUACAAUCUCAAAAAGGUUCUUACAAUGACACGACUCCUGGGCAGCCUUUGACCACAUCUGUAAUGAAUACCGAAGUUAAUGGAAAUGACAAUCCAGAUGUGUUGAAUAAGGUAAUAAAAGAAUGUCAAACUUCUGAAAAAUCAACUGAUGCAGAGCCAGGGAAGGAUGAAAAAGUGAAGCCCCAAAAGGAAAUCAUUUGUCAUAUUGGUAGACAUGAGUUUGUUCAACGGAAAUCUAGUGGAUUAUCUGGGUUUCGUGAAUUUCCAGUUGCUUUUGAGUUGCAAAAGUUGCAAUCAGGUGAAAGGAUGAAGGUGAUUAAACAAGAACACGUGGAGAUGAACAUAGCCAUGUCUGGUGGGAAGCAUCCAAACAGCAUUAAUAGGGAGCAUGACCAGAUUUCAAAUUUUCCUCUAAAUGACAAUAAUACAGCCCUAAAAGUUGUGAAAGCUGAAGCCGUUAACUCAAACUGUUCGCCAACAUCCGAUGCAGCCAGUAUCUCCUGUUUGGUAAAAACAGAUGAUCCUUCUCAUUUGGAACUAAUGACAUGCUUGCCAUCACCAUCAAAGAUGAAAAUGGGCAGAAGCGUGGUGCUGCUUCGAGAUCCAGGGAUGAGACUGUGGCCUGUCCUCUACCAUAAGAGACCGGGACUCACAGUUUUGAAUAGUGGGUGGGAAGGAUUCAGCAGGGCAAACAGAAUUCAAGCAGGAGAUAAAUGUGUUUUUGACAUUGAGAGUGAAGAUCCAGAGUUCAUAUACAGGGUCUCUAUUGUUAGAAAGCAGAAAAAACUAUACUAACUCCCCCGCUUUUACUAUCCAUGACAGUCUGUAUCAGAGCUCAUAUAGCUUUAAAAUCUUAGUGUACCCAGAAAAUUGUAACCUCUAAAUCCCAGCACAUAAUAUGAGAGUUCAUAUAGCUGCUUUUAGCCUUUUACUGCCAUGCAUAAGCAGGGUUAUCUACUUAUCUGUUCUAUUCUAUUGUAUAACAUUUUUAUUUUUUUUAUUUUUUUGUAGAAUAGAAUAAACAGGGAAUGCUGUCAUUUGAAAUUGCCCCAAAAAAAAUGUCAAGGGGUGGAUGAGUUUAUGGUCCUCUGGGUAAUGGCUGAUUCUCCAGCAAUAAAGAAUUGCAAGUUAAAUACAAUAAAGCUGCAUUUGGGAACA